AUCAAUAGGUGCUGGCAGUGGACAACUCUAAUAGAAAGGACAUUCCAUUUGGACAAUGCUAAAGAAAGGGAAGAGUGGAUAACUGCAAUUCAAGAAGUUGCUGAGAAGCUGCAUGAAAAUGAAAAAGACAGUGACAAGUCAAAUGAAAUUACUAUAGGGGGUGAAGGAAGUCAAAAAAUGACUAUAGAGGACUUCCAGUUGCUUAAGGUGUUGGGAAAGGGAACAUUUGGCAAGGUUAUAAUGGCAAAGAUGAAGAGGACUGGGGAAGUGGUAGCACUCAAGAUUUUAAAGAAAGAAGUUAUUGUUGCCAAAGAUGAAGUUGCGCAUACAUUGACAGAAAACAGAGUGUUGAAGUCAACAGUCCACCCUUUUCUUACAGAAUUACGUUGCUCUUUCCAAACAAAAAACAGAUUAAUAUUUGUUAUGGAAUAUGUGAAUGGGGGCGAGCUGUUUUUCCACUUGUCUAAAGAACGCGUCUUCUCAGAGGACCGUUCAAGGUUUUAUGCAGCAGAAAUUAUUCUGGCUGUCAAGUAUCUUCAUGACAACAAAGUGGUUUACAGAGAUCUUAAGCUUGAAAAUCUUCUUUUAGAUUCAGAUGGUCACAUUAAACUCACUGACUUUGGUCUCUGUAAAGAGGACAUCACAUAUGGAGCUACCACGAAGACAUUCUGUGGUACUCCUGAAUACCUCGCUCCAGAGGUACUGGAAGACAAUGAUUAUGGCCGUGCUGUGGAUUGGUGGGGAGUGGGCGUUGUCAUGUAUGAAAUGAUGUGUGGCCGUCUGCCAUUUUACAACAGGGAUCAUGAAGUUCUCUUUGAACUUAUCCUGACGGAGGAGGUAAAGUUUCCAACAAGACUUACCGAUAAUGCAAGAAGUGUCCUCUCUGGGCUCCUAGAAAAAAGGCCCACAAAACGGCUUGGAGGUGGUCCAGAUGAUGCAAAGGAAGUCAUGAAACAUAAAUUUUUUGAGACAAUUAACUGGGACAACAUACUCAACAAAAUGGUAAAACCUCCUUUCAAGCCUGUUGUCAAGUCCGAGACUGAUGUAUCAAAUUUUGAUGAAGACUUCACCAGUGAAGUACCCCAACUCACACCUCCAGAAGGAGAUCUCCCAGAUAUUGCUGAGGAAAGUGAAGCUUUUGACCAAUUUUCAUUCACUCCAGAGAAGGGAAGCCAUUUACAGUCCUAACGAAGCCAUGAUCACAUAGUUCAGAGGGUAUUUACUAGUGUGGGCCACAUGUAUCAUCAGUAAUUAAUACUAAUAAUUAUUAUAACAUUUGUUGCUGCAGGUUUUGUUUUUAUUUGUUUGUUUGUUUUUUUAGUUUAUAAUCAUUAAUUUAUGCAUUCUUAGGAAAACACCCAUGCUAGCUGUCUCUGGUGAUUAAAUCAUGUUUGUUUCCUGCUGAAAUUAUAUGACUGUCUUCAACAAUCUGGUAUGAAGACAAAUGUUAGCACCAUGUGCAUGUGGCUGGAAACUUUUGCAGAAGUUUAAUUCCACUAAAUGUAAUAAUUUUUUACAAUUUGGAACGAUUAAUUUCUGCCACACAGUAAAUUUAGCAGUUUUCUUUUCAAGGAGAACAUUAACAAGGAAAAAAGUGUGAUACUGUUACUUCCUGACUCCUGAGUGCACCCUACUGUUAUAAUACUGAUAUUUAAGUGAGAACUGUGUAAUUGUUGUCAAUAGCUUACUAUGCAAGCAUAUCAAAAGCUUCAUACCACCAUCUUUAAGUCAGUCCAAGAUUUCCACAUGGGAACUACAAUUCACAAUUACUGGAGACAGUCUUAGCAUGUAAGUCCCCAAAAUUCCAGAGUUAGUCUUUGCCACAGUUUUUUUCUUUUUUUGACUAGUCUGUGCCAUGUUACAUUUGUCCAGGCCUGAUGUUUCAAGAUUUGGAGAUGAAUGAUGGAAUGGCAAUUCAGUGUUCAAUUUUUUUUUUGUUUUUUGUAGCGUUUACCAGGUUCCUUUGUCUGCAAAGUCAAAGUGAAUGAUCAUUCAGUAGUACUCAAUCAUCAAUUUAUCUUCUUAGAUCACCAAAUUCAGUAAGUUUAUUAUUAGAAUUAAACAGGAAUUUUAUUUUCAAGCCUGGUCUUUCAUAGAUUUUAAAUCCAGACAUCCUGUCGAGUGUUUUUGUUUUGUUUGAGUCAUUUUCAAAUAAUAGUACAGUUAGUGGCUAGUCUUUAGUUUAUUCAUCCUUGUUAAACUUAAGAAACAAUGAACACUUGAGUUUAAUCAGACUGGUCAGUUAUGUGCUGAAAUAAGGUGAGAGCAGGCAAGCAAAUCUCAAAACAACAAUCAUUCCUGUUUACAGUUUAGUUUAGCUCUUAACCCUUUAACUCCCAUGAGUGACCGAGACAGAAUUUCUCCUUACAAUAUCAAUACAAUACCACACAGACAAGUGAUAAGAAUAAAGGAAAAUAUCAAUUAACAUCAUGAGAAUUGUAUACACCAAAUCAAACUUUGGAGUCCAAUUUGAAUUGCCAUUGUUCUGGACUUACUAGCCUCUCACACAUGUGAUAAUCCUUUUGUGUUUCCAUGUGAA